GGCAGCUCUAAAGUCCUCCCCAACCCCCGAAUUCUCCCUGGUGGUUACCCACCUGCCUGCUCUCCCCAGCCGGGCCCCGCCCCACACGUGCCAGAGAGGGAGGAGGAAAGGCCCAGCUUAAAUGUCCGAGGUGGAGGUCGAGGGGGAGGGGAAAGCAAGUCGGAGCCUCUGGGAGCCAAACUUCUCAGCAGCCCGGGAGCCGGAAAGGGUGAAGAGAAAACGCAGCAGCCGAGAACCCUGAUUCUCAGGAGCCUCCCACUCCGCCUCCCCCAGCGAGACGGGCGCGGAGACUCCGCUGGGGGGCGGAGGAGGAGGCCGGGAGGCGGGGAGGGGGGAGGCAAACCCUGCCCACUCGGCUCCGAGCCCAGGCGGCCGCGGAAGUCGGAGGCCGGCGCACAGGGCGAGGGCACCGGGGGCGGGGGGCUCCGCUCCCCAUCUGACCCCUCUCGCCCCCGGCCAAUCAGCCAGUAAGUGCGGCUCCGCGGACUUUCGAGACAGCGAACAGACCGACCGGGACUGCCAGACGCUCGGGGUCAAGGACUCGCCCCACCCGUGCCCCCCACCAGGCGCUCCCAACUCACUGGUGAGCGCGGCCGCCCAGGCGCUGGAUGCGGGGGCGGCCGCGAUGGCCCCGCGCGCGGGACAGCCGGGGUUCCAGGGGCUACUGAUCGUGGCGGCGGCGCUGAGCCAGCCCGCGGCACCCUGUCCCUUCCAGUGCUACUGCUUCGGCGGCCCCAAGGUGCUGCUGCGCUGCGCGUCGGGCGCCGAGCUCCGCCAGCCUCCACAGGACGUGCCGCCCGACGCGCGCAACCUCACCAUCGUGGGCGCCAACCUGACGGUGCUGCGCGCGGCCGCCUUCGCCGGCGGGGACGCGGACGGGGACGGAGACCAGGCGGGCGGCGUGCGCCUGCCACUCCUGAGCGCGCUGCGCCUCACACACAACCACAUCGAGGUGGUGGAGGACGGCGCCUUCGACGGGCUGCCCAGCCUGACAGCGCUCGACCUCAGCCACAACCCGCUGCGCGCCCUGGGCGGCGGCGCCUUCCGCGGGCUGCCAGCGUUGCGCUCGCUGCAGCUCAACUACGCGCUGGUGCGGGGCGGCCCCGCGCUGCUGGCCGCGCUGGACGUCGCGCUGGCCCCGCUGGCCGAACUUCGCUUGCUGGGCCUUGCGGGCAACGCGCUGAGCCGCCUUCCGCCCGCCGCUCUGCGCCUGGCGCGCCUGGAGCAGCUAGACGUGCGCUUCAACGCGCUGGCCGGCCUGGGCCCCGACGAGCUGCGCGGGCUGGACCGCGAUGGCGGCCUCUCCGGGCCGCGCCUGCUGCUCGCCGACAACCCCCUGCGCUGCGGCUGUGCCGCGCGCCCCCUGCUGGCCUGGCUGCACAACGCCACGGAGCGCGUGCCCGACGCGCGGCGCCUGCGUUGCGCCGCUCCGCGGGCGCUCCUGGACCGGCCGCUGCUGGACCUGGACGGGGCGCAGCUGCGCUGCGCGGACAACGGCGCCGACGCUCGCGGGGAGGAGGGCGAGGCCGCCGGCCCGGAGCUGGAAGCCUCCUACGUGUUCUUCGGGCUGGUGCUGGCGCUCAUCGGCCUCAUCUUCCUCAUGGUGCUCUACCUAAACCGCCGCGGCAUCCAGCGCUGGAUGCGCAACCUGCGCGAGGCGUGCCGGGACCAGAUGGAGGGCUACCACUACCGCUACGAGCAGGACGCAGACCCGCGCCGCGCGCCCGCGCCAGCCGCGCCCGCCGGCUCCCGCGCCACCUCCCCGGGCUCCGGGCUCUGAGCGGCGCCCGCGGGCUCGGGGCUGCCCCUGCCUGGCCUGAAGCCGUGGAGAUGAGACGCCCGCGAGCCCGGAGCUCGGAGACCUUACCCCGUCUCGGAGGCUCUAAGCUGUACCCCCUCGUCCCCGCCUCCGAGAGCUCCCACCGUCAAAGACCCAGAGAUAGCCCGUCCGAAUCCAGAAACCCCUCCCGCCCACCCUGGUUUCUGAAACCUCCCUCCUGAACCACCCAAAGUACGUUCCCCGUCUCAGGGCUCACACAGACUCUGUCCUUCAAGGCUAGAGCUCUGAGACCUGCCCCCACCACCCUGUGCUUGGAGUCCCAACACCUGAGACUGCCCUGACCCCCACCUCCAGCUCGGAGCCCUCAGUCCCCUCUGGGGCUCCUGGGCCCUCCCAUUCCAUUCUGGUCUCGAAGCAGAGCACCCCCAUCAGGAGAGGUUUG